AUCGUUUUCCGAACACAGAAAGUCUUCAGCUUUUUAAGUAGAACGGAAGGUCUCUUAUCUGAUUAUCGAGGAGCAAAGAAAACAUUCGGACGUCAUUUACAGGAAGUGGUUGGGGUUAAACCGACCGGGGAAUUGACUCCCGAGACUGUGGAAGCCACCCGAAGAGAACGUUGCGCUCAGAAGGACACAAGAAGGGAAUCGGGCAGAUCGAAGAGAUUCGCUCUCUCUGGAACAUCAAAAUGGGACAAAAAGCAUUUCACAGGCUUGCACGAAUUAACCCUCAAAUGGUUCGUCUCCGAAUACACCAACGAUAUUCGUAUAGAUUUCAGCUCAACAAUCCAGAAAGCCUUCCAGCUUUGGGCAAAACAGGCGAAUGAGAGGAAUCUGCCAAAGGUGACUUUCCACUUUGAAGAAGCGGCAUCACAGGAUGAAGCUGACAUCAAUAUUUUAUGGGCUGAGGGAGCUCAUGGAGAUCAGCACGAGUUCGACGGCGCUUCGGCAAAGAAAAACAUUUUGGCACAUACAUUUUUCCCCGGUCAUUCGGAACCGCUCAAUGGUGACAUCCACUUUGACGAUGCUGAAACUUGGGAGGCCGACUCAGUAGCAGCCACCAACUAUGACCGCCGAUUUUUCCCGUACGUUUUGGUUCACGAGAUCGGUCACGCAUUGGGUCUUCAGCAUGCGAAAAAGCAGGAGGCAAUCAUGCAUCCAUUGUAUAAAAACACUCCUCUCGAUGAGCUCAAACUCGAUCUGGACGAUAAGUGUGCUAUCAACUGGAAUUACGUGGGAACAUCGAAAUACUGUCUAUUCGUAUGGUUGAUGAGCGAAAUCGUACCAAUCCACAACAAUUCCGAUCAAAUGAAUGUGAAACUCUUAUUUUCAGUUGUGUACUUUUCAGAAACUCGAAUUCCACGAUGUCUUGCUUCGAACGAUAUACAAUGGCAGAUAGAAGCUAGACUACAAAAAUUUUUACAUUUUCCGCCGGUGGAAUCAAAAACAUACAGUGAAGUAUUAUGUAAUUUUCUGUUGGGCUUGCACGCGUAUAGAGGUAGCCCCGACUAUGUAUCUAGCGAUUCGCUCGAGAAAGAGUUCAAUGGAGUGAUGAAGGAAGUAAGUUUCCCCGGAAAAACAGCCUCUUUAGGGUUCCAACACUUUUCAGAUCCUUCCUAUUUCAACGAGAGAUUCUUUAACAAAUUUCUUCCCGAAUACUUACAACUACAAUAG